AUGUCGCAAUCUCUCACAGGCAAGGUCGCAAUAGUGACUGGUGGCUCCCGCGGAAUCGGGGCCGGUAUUGUCAAAGAACUUGCUAAACGCGGCGCCUCUGUGGCUUUCACGUAUCUGUCCUCCGCGAAAGCACAACUCUUGCUUAACGAGCUCCAUUCCUCCGGUAUCAGGGCAAUUGCCAUCCAGGCUGACUGUGCCGACGCAGCAGCCUCGGCAAAAAAGAUCGUUGGACAGGUUGUAGCUUCAUUCGGUCAGAUCGAUAUUAUCGUCAAUAAUGCUGGGAACGGCGAGGAUCACUCCCUGUCUGACGUGACCGAGGAGCAAUUUAAUCGGAUCUUCCAUAUAAACCUUCUCUUUCCUCUAUUGUUAGUUCAGGAGAGCGUUCCGUACCUGCAGCAGAAGGCCAGAAUUGUGAAUGUGGGAUCAAUAACUGGCCGAAUCGCCAGACCUGCAGCGUACCCGUCAGCCAUUUUGUAUGCAGCAUCAAAGGCAGGACUUGACAGCGUGACAAAGUCACUGGCUUUCACUUUGGGGCUAAGAGGAAAUAUGCCAGGACGAAAAUUCGAAGCGACAGUCAACACGAUAAACCCCGGCCCUGUAGCGACUGACAUGUGGGAGCAAACACCGGGACGUGAAGAAUAUGAAGAGAAUCUGUAUCCUCGUACGGCGGCAGGUGAUCGGGUCGCUUCGGUGCAAGAUAUCGCCCCCAUUGUUGCCUUCCUGUGUGAGGAGCAAUCCCGAUGGGUGACUGGGAAUGUCACCUGUGCCAAUGGGGGGCUACUUAUGAUCUAA